GACGGCCCCCCACCAGACAAAGCUUCAACUACCCCAUUGCUCUUAGAUAAUUCAUUUUGUUCGCCCAGCAUGUCCGGCGAAGGCAGUGCUGCAGAGGGCGGAGUCAGGUGCGAUACCGACUUCUGUACCCUGGGCAUGUUCAUUCUUGAUGAUAUUGAUUUCGGGGGAGCUCAACCGAAUGUUAAGAAUGUCCUCGGAGGUGCGGCUUCUUUUGCCGUCAUUGGGGCCCGUCUCGCUGCUGGAAAAGAGCACUCGCGAUCCGUCAGCUGGAUUGUUGACGUUGGCUCUGAUUUUCCACCAGAUGUUCUAGAUGUGAUCAAAGCGUGGGAUACAGACUGUCUGAUUAGGACUGACCCCGAAAGAUUGACCACAAGAGCAUGGAACGGUUACGGGCCCAAUGAAGAACGAGCUUUUCAAUACUUGACGCCCAAAUUACGGUUGGAGCCAUAUAUGCUGUCGGACUCCCAGGUAUUUUCAAAGACAUUCCACAUGGUCUGUUCUUCCUCCCGUUGUAUAUCCAUAGUACAGGAUAUUCUACGACGCCGGGAGGAGCUACAAAGCAAAGCGACGAUUCCUGAUUCUCCCAGUGAUAGACCCAUUUUCGUAUGGGAGCCCGUGCCUGAUAUGUGUACUCCUGAAGAGCUGCAAAAAUUCUUAGAGGCAUGUCGCAAGGUCGAUAUUGUGAGCCCCAAUGACCUAGAACUGGGAAUGAUGUUCGGGAAACCUGCUUGGAGUGAAGGAAGUGCCUCCGGCGGGGACAUAGUGCACAGAAUCCUUGAAUCAGGCGUUGGGCCUGGAGGAGAAGGGCACUUGGUUAUCAGGGCUGGAAAAGACGGCUGUUACUCUUAUUCUAGGAACAUGAAGCUCUGGCUUCCCGCAUAUCAUCAGCCUAAUGCCUCAGCGAGUUCUCCAGUUGUUGAUCCAACAGGGGCUGGAAACUCCUUCUUAGGUGCUAUGGCUCAGGGAAUGGUGAGCGAGGGCAGACGCUCCGCAAAAGCCAUCGAUUCAGUUCUCGCGGAGUCCGCGUAUUGGCGGGAGGUAAUCGGGCCUUCUGGAAAGCACAGAAUCCUGGUCGCCUUGAUCCUUGCCACCGUGGCUGCAGGUUUUGUCGUUGAACAAAUCGGGGUGCCUCGCCAGUCUACGUCUCUCGAAGGGAAAGAACAUUGGAACGGAACUGAAUUCACGGAACGGGUCCGUCUGUACACCCAGGGAUUAUAUCGAACAUUUGAAGAAUCUCCCCAAAAGCACUUGCAGAUCAACUGAACGAUUGAGAACGCCCUUCUAUUGUCGUACAGCACACAUAAUUAUAGAACAUAGACCUUGCCAUACCAUAUCAUCCUCCUCAACUUUCUUUUCCGUCACCGGCACUCCUUAUGAGUCGUUCUUGGCGGUCUGUUGCCUCUCGUGUUCGAUAAUCUGCUUGCUCCAGUAUCGGCUGGGGAAGAACCGGCCGGGCUCUGGCAUCUUAUCCCGUUGUUCGCGUUCCGCGCUAAUGCUCCAUACCGCAGCGACGAUUCCGAUCAUGGCGGCACCGAUAAUAGCGGUAUUCGCCCUCCAGUUUGCAGGUUGAGCGUACCAGCCUCCGGAGGGAGACCAGACUUCCUUGGGGUAUGGGAUCU